AUGUUUACUCUUACUGAGGUCGCUUCACUUAAUGACAUCCAGCCCACCUAUCGAAUACUGAAGCCAUGGUGGGAUGUCUUUAUGGACUAUCUUGGAAUUGUCAUGUUGAUGUUAGCCAUCUUUGCUGGGACAAUGCAAAUAACCAAAGACCAAAUGGCAUGUCUCCCCAUACUCGAGGAAAAAGAACAGUCAUUAAGUCCAAAUUCCUAUGAAACGCAUAGUUCAACAGGAAGCCCCUCAUCAGCAGUAAGUGGAGCUACAAUAGGAUUUGGGCCGCUGAUUACCAAAGAUCUUCCUGACAGUGCUGUCCAUGAUCUUCAUCUUACACAGCCUACUCCUUUGAAAGGAGCAAAAGGUAUUAGUGAACCUCAGCCCAAAGGCCUUCGAACAAAUCUAGACUUUCAGCAAUACGUAUUUGUUAAUCAGAUGUGUUACCAUAUUGCCUUGCCCUGGUAUUCCAAAUACUUCCCUUACCUUGCUCUUAUACACACCAUCAUUCUGAUGGUGAGUAGUAAUUUUUGGUUUAAAUACCCAAAGACUAGUUCAAAAGUGGAACACUUUGUGUCUAUAUUGGGGAGAUGCUUUGAAUCACCAUGGACCACAAAGGCAUUAUCUGAAACUGCAUGUGAAGACUCAGAGGAAAACAAACAGAGGAUCACUGGUGGCCCCACUGCUUCAAAACAGGUAUCCACAGGUAGUAAAGAGGACAAUGAAAAUCCAUCCACACCGAUGCUGGAAAACACUGGAGUGACAUUUUCUGCUGAAAAGCCUGUUGUUGAAGUCCCAAGUAUGACAAUACUUGACAAAAAGGAUGGUGAACAGGCCAAGGCACUUUUUGAGAAGGUGAGAAAAUUUCGGGCUCAUGUGGAGGACAGUGACUUCAUCUACAAUCUUUAUGUUGGUCAGACUGUGAUCAAAUUUUUAAAAUUUAUUUUGAUAUUAUGCUACACGUCAACUUUUGCAGCAGCCAUCAAGUUUCAACACGUAUGUAAGCCUGAAAUUGAACAUUUGACAGGAUACGACGCAUUCUUUUGCACUCACAAUAUGGCAUUCAUGUUAAGGAAGCUCCUUCUCAGUUACAUGGUUCUGAUGUGUAUAUAUGGGUUAGUGUGCCUGUAUGCCUUGUACUGGCUGUUUAGGCGGCCAUUGAAAGAAUACUCUUUUGAAAAAGUUAGAGAAGAGAGCAGUUUCAGUGACAUACCUGAUGUGAAGAAUGACUUUGCAUUCCUCUUGCAUAUGGUUGACCAAUAUGAUCAGCUUUACUCAAAGCGAUUUGGUGUCUUUCUCUCAGAGGUUAGCGAGAACAAACUUAGAGAGAUUAGCCUUAAUCAUGAGUGGACAUUUGAGAAAUUACGUCAGCAUGUGGUGUGCAAUGCUCAAGAAAAAAUGGAGUUGCAUCUCUUCAUGUUGUCUGGACUACCCAGUGCUGUUUUUGACAUCACUGAGCUGGAAGUCCUUAAAUUAGAGCUUAUUCCUGAGGUCAGAAUAUCAGCCAAGGUUUCCCAGAUGACAAAUCUAACAGAACUGCAUCUAUAUCACAGUCCAGCCAAAGUUGAGCAAACAGCCUUCAGUUUUCUCCGUGACCAUCUUCGGAUCCUCUAUGUUAAAUUCACAGAUGUUGCAGAAAUUCCCGCUUGGGUUUACCUGUUGAGGAAUCUCCGGGAAUUGAAUUUAGUUGGUAACCUUAAUUCAGAGCACAAUAAAUUCAUAGGGCUAGAAUCCCUAAGGGAGCUGAGAAACUUAAAGACACUUUACCUUAAGAGUAACCUCAAUAAAAUGCCCUCAAACCUGUCAGAACUGUCCCCACGCCUUACCAAGCUGGUGGUGCAUAAUGACGGGACUAAACUGUUGGUACUUAACAGUCUUAAGAAGAUGACAAAUCUUGCUGAGUUGGAGCUUCACAACUGUGAACUGGAGAGGAUCCCCCAUGCUAUUUUUAGCUUGAUCAAUUUACAAGAACUGGAUUUAAAAUCCAACAAUAUUCGUACUAUUGAAGAGAUUAUCAGUUUCCAGCACCUGAAAAGGCUAACCUGCCUUAAAUUGUGGCACAACAAGAUAAUUACUAUUCCUCAAUCCAUUAGCCAUGUCAAGAGUCUUGAAACGCUCUACCUUUCACACAACAAACUGGAGACACUUCCCACUCCACUGUUCUAUCUUCCAAAGCUGAGGCACCUUGAUGUCAGCCACAAUUCAAUCUCUGUGAUCCCACCUGAGGUGGGGCUCCUGCAGAACCUCCAGCAUUUUGCCAUUACAGGAAACAAGGUAGAGGUCUUACCUAAGCAACUUUUCCGAUGCAACAAAUUAAAGGUACUGUGUUUGGGGAGUAAUGGCAUCUCAACUAUCCCAGAAUCAAUUGGCCUGUUAGUACAACUCUCACAGCUUGAGCUGAAAGGGAACUGCUUAGACCGCCUUCCGCCACAGCUUGGACAGUGUCGACUUCUUCGUAAAAACCUCCUUUUUGUUGAGGAUCACAUUUUUGAUACUCUGCCUUUAGAGGUAAAGGAAAACCUCUGUAGGGAUGUUAACGUGUCCUUCACAAAUGUCUUGUAAUAUUAGAAUACAUCAGUUGCUCAGAUAUUAGUUGCAAGAUUGCAUCAGCACAAUGAGUCCAUUGAAUUAUUUUGUGUAUUCGCAUUUUGUAAAUAGAUGCCUCUGAAUUCCUUCGACAGUGGUUUUUCAAUUUCUUUUUUUAGUUUUGUUUCAACCUUUUAACUGGAAGCCUAUUAACAAUGCUGUGUGUGAGUGUUUAUUUUUCAUAUGUUGAUUGUCAUUGUCAUGUCAUUAUCAUUGCAUUUUAAAAAUGUAUAUUACCAUAUUGCUUGUUUCAUUGCUAAUGUACUGAGUUUUAUUUUGCUGAAUUAUAUGAAUAGUGUGACUAAAUAAUUGACUAAGAACUUCUUUGGAUCAUUGAUCAAUAUUUCUGUUGACUCAGAAAAGUCAGAAAGUCUGUUGUCUUAUGUCUGUGUUAUAACAUAUAUUGCUUUAUGGCUAAAGGCAGUUCGUUGGAACAACCCCACAGCAUGUGCUUCCUGUGAUAACGUGUUGUGAGAGGAGUUUUAGCCUGAUAGCCUUAAAGGAAAGAUUAUUAGACAAGUUUCUGAAAGGAAUGCAGCUGUGUCCGAAAAAUUAUGUUACUUUAGUUAUCAAAACUCUAUUUUAGCUCCAUGGGUUGCUAUUCUUCCUCAUGGCAACAUUUUGUCCUGUUGAAAGCUGGAUUUAUGGCUGUUUGAAAGAUAGUUUUGUCGGUCCAUACGUGAUGUCAGACUGAAACUGAA